UGAUAUGCAGCAAAAUUGCACUAUUACAUUGUCUGCUCAAACUAAAUAACAUCAAUCUAAUUUCUUGAAAGGAGUGUAAUUGUAUAUUUUCCUUUUUUACUUCAUUUUCUCAAUUUUUCAAGCUUACGAACUUUUCAGUUAACAAUUUUUUUUUAAUAAAAAAGCGAAAUUAUUUGACUCAAGAAAACUGAAACUAUCACCUUGUUAUGUCAUAUAUGACAUGCUUAUAGGUUAGUGUCAAAAUUUCUGUGUAUUUUCAUUAAACAUGUAUCUUCAUCAUCAUGUAAAAACCGUCGUGAAAACUGUAAAAAAGAACUUCACUACCUCGUCCAAAACAUUUGCAUUUAAUUUUCAAUCGACCAAUGAUUACAGCAAAAAUUUGGAUCUGGCCUAUAAUUCAUAUGAAACUACAAGUUAUCUACCAGAAGAUUCUAAACCAAUCCCUUUGGUGGUAUUACAUGGAUUUUUAGCAUCUAAAAAUAAUUGGAAUACCAUGUGCAAAAAGAUUCAUAAUAGUAGUAAAUCGAAAGUUAUUGCAAUAGAUGCCAGAAAUCACGGCGAUUCACCUCAUUCCAAAGAACAUACAUACGAUUGCUUGGCAACUGAUUUGAAAAGAUUUUUAGAAAAAAUGGAAUUGAAAAAAGUAAACCUAUUGGGACAUUCCAUGGGAGGUCGAACAGCCAUGCUGUUUGCUCUAAAAUAUCCUGAUUUAGUUGAAAGAUUAAUUGUAGCUGACGUGUCACCAGUUUCGACCAGUGAUUCGACCAAAAUAAUUCCCAAUGUCUUAAGUAGUUUAAAACGUAUACAUAUCCCUUCAAAUAAAUCUCUUCGUGAAGCUAAAAAAAUAAUAGGAGAAAAUUUAUACAACGUUAUUCGACACAAAUUAAUGCUGGCAUUACUACUCACUAAUCUUGUCCAAAAAAGUGAUGGAAGCUAUGGUUGGAGGUUUAAUACUAAAACACUAUUGGAUCAUUUUGAAGUAAUGUCUAAGUUUCCGGCUAUUUUUAAUUUGUCUUUUAAUGGACCCACAUUAUUUUUAGGAGGCGGAAAAUCAGAUCACAUUCAGAAAAGUGACUUUCCAAGAAUUCUAAAACUAUUUCCAAAUGCGGAGUUAAAAUAUAUAGAAGGAGCAGGUCACUGGUUACAUAGUGAAAAACCAGCAGAGUUUUUAUCAAUUACACUAGAGUUUCUCAAUAGACGUUUUGACGCCACCCAACUCAAGUCAUCUACGUCUAAUUAACUGUGAUAUGUUGCUAUGAUAUAUUCGUAUUGAACAAUAAAUUAAUAGAACAAA